AUGGAAAUUCUCACGUCAACAACUACGACAACGCUUUUUUUCAAUGAUUCAUACAAUUCAUCAGAUCCCGGUGCUAAUCCAUCAACUCCAUCGACAUUAGAUGUUAUAUCGAGUGAACUUAUUGAUUAUUUCGAAACACAUCGUGAACAGAUUCCUCUGCUCGUUAUUGUUUAUCUAUUAACAAUCAUAUGGAUUUUGUAUUUAAUCUUAUAUCAUUCACGUGUACAAGGCAUCAUUUUGUCUUAUAUUUUACGACGAUUCUAUUUUAAAGAUACAACACAAAUAAAAUUCGAUUCGGUAUCCAUCUCAUUCAUAUCCGGAUCGAUUAUGUUUCGAAAUCUUCAUUACACAACGGGAAGUUAUUUCGUUUUUGUCAAAGACGGUUGUCUAGUGUUUCGUUAUUGGUCCAAAACAAAAAAUAAACCAUUGAUACGCUUAAAAAUUAAGUUAUACUAUCUCGACAUACUAUUUUUCAGUCCAAUACGAUCAAAUACUGUUUCUGAUAUUAUCAAUUCCACUGACGACUUGCAAAGAGGUUCAAUCAAUGGAAUUUCGUCCAAAGGUGAUGAUACACAAAGUGUUAACACGCUAAAAAACAAUGAAGAUGGAUUAUUCGUCAAACGUCUUCGUAGUCUCUUUCCAGCAAUCGAAAUUAAAAUUGAACAUGGCAAAAUAUCAGCUGGACACGACAGUUUACCUUAUGGAUUAUUGAUUCGUUUCAGUACAAUGACUAGUACAUUCACAAGUAUGUCACCGUCGAGGAAUCUCCCCGAAGUGGACAUCAUGACAUUACUAUAUACUUUAAAAUAUCGAAAUCUUCGUGUUUAUCUCCAUCCAAUCAAAGGCUACAAAGGAGAACUGCAUGAAGUUCCACCACCCAUUCCGACAUCGAAGGCAGCAGAAAGUGGAAAGUUUCAAGUAUUCGAAUGUUUGGACGGUGAACUAGAGUAUGAACAAGAUGUGCCGGGUAAAAUGAUCGAACAAACAGAAAAUAGCGAACCAUUACCAGAUUUAAUAUGGGAAUUUCGAAUAAAAUGUCUGAAAGAAGCAAAAGUUGCAUAUGGACCAUGGGCUGAUCGACAGAGAGAAGCACUGUGGCAGUACUUUUUACCAACACUAUUCGAAGAAUCACCUGUAACGCCCGAUGCAUUGAUAGGACAGACACGAAUAUUUAAAACUGUACGUUUUAAAUUAUGGUUAGCUUGUCAAACGACGUUGGAUCUCUAUUUUAUGAACAAAAUGAAACUUCAUCAACUUCAUGCGGAAAUACCUGCGCAAAAUUCUUAUCUUGAUGCAUCAUUUCCCUGGAUAACAAGUCCAGAUGGUUUCGAUACCUAUCUGUCAAUGUAUGUCAUCAAUCCUAUUGUUCGAACCAACCUGUCAUUCACACCACUUCUUCAAGCGGACCGAGUCGAUAUGAAUCUGCAUAUUCACUAUCCUCGCAUUUGGAAUUCGAUUCAAAUCUGGUCGAUUGAAAUCACAACCAGUAAAGCUCAAGUCUACUUUGUAUUUGAACACAAAAAUUUCUUACAAGGUAACAUUUUUGCACCUUAUAAUACGUUGAUCAAUGACUGGGCAUCAUCCGUACCACCCGAUAUCUAUUCAUUUGUGCCGUAUAUCUAUGACAUGAUGUUACAAGGUGAUUACGUAGAGAUUUUAGUACCAUGCAAUCAAGGUAAUUGGAUCGACUGUGCCAAUGGAAAUCACGCACAACAACGAACAGCUGAAAACAAUUAUAUAUCUAUUUGUGCAAAAUCGUUUUCAUUGACGUAUCCAUUACCAUUUUUGGAAUUCUGCCCAAAAGCAACACCAAUGGACAUAACGAUCGAAGUUCAUGAUGUUCUCGCUCGUCUGAUUAUUCCGGAAAGUAAUCGUUUGUACUAUAUUCUCGAAGGUAUCGAUGCUCAUAAGCGAUACUACUCGCCGACUGGCGUGAAAUCUCAAUUGAGUUUAUCCGAUGAAUUUGAGAAACGCGACGGAUGUUUUGAUUGUGGUGAAGUGUCCAAUAUAAAGAUUCUUGUCGAAAUUCUUCUUCAUACAGCGCCGCCAAUUGAUUCAAAUAGGACUGACUUAUUAUACGUUCAGCAAGUUAAAGCUAUGGGCAAUCGAGAUACAUUCCAUCCAAAUAAGUUAGACUACGAUCUAUUUAACAUUGAAAUCGACAUCGGGCCUGUCAAUUUGUUUCUACACGGUUUAUUUCUAAAGAAACUGUGGUGGGUAAAAGAGAAUAUUUUUGGUUGGGAUCAGAUGUUUCAUGAUAUUCGCGAACCUGACUUAAUACGGGAAAAGAAGAUCAUAGUUCAUGAUGAUCCAUUAGUUGAUCUUAUUGACCUUACUUAUCCAUUUGAUCCGAGAUAUUUUCGACCGUUGAUGGUCACUCUACGUGUUGCAUUGCAUAAUAUUACCGCACACCUUGUUCAUCAUACGGAUCAUGAACCAUGUCCGAUGGCCUUUUGUGAACGGCUUUGUUUUGAAAUGACGACUGACCUAGAUGAAACACGACUGCAAUUAUAUUUUUCACCUGUGAAUGUUUACGUCGAAGAUACGAUUGUUAGAAAUAAAACUGACCAGCAUUUAUCCACGGGCUGUCUUCAGCUAUCUGGUUUGAUUAUUCGUGGCCACGCCAUGCUUUCACACGAAGGUUUACCACCCGAACGUGAAACACUCGAGUAUGCUUGGCAAAUGGAAAUCAUUCUUGGCAAAAUCGCGGCUCGAUUGACAACAAUUCAGCUGGAAAAAGUGCUCGGAUUUGUGAAGAAUUUCUAUUUACAAAUCAUGGAAGAUGAAUACACUCUCACUCGUUCGCCUGUCAUCGACAAAACAAAAUGGAUUGAAAAACUAAAGUACGACGUGCUACGGUUCAGUUUAGAUUCUAUCGAUCUCAAUCUCGUCGAAGUUGGCAGUGCAGUUAAUGUUCAAAUAGCGCCCAUUCGUCUAUGUAUGUGUAAUAUGCAUACAGCAUUGUGUAACGAAAGUUUAACCUUGAAAGUUGGCAGCAUACAAGUUCGUCAGUUAUUACGACUCUAUCCCGGCUCGUGGUUAGAAGCAGGUUCGAUUCAUGUUCCUGAACUUCGUAUCAAUGCCAAAUUUGAAUGUCAUCCGCCAUCACCAGCGACGAUCAGCGAACAACUGGAUUUUCUUCGUCGACAUGAUCAACAUUCUCAACGCUUACAUUUUCUCUACAAUCCCAAAUCUCAACAAACGUUAAACAUCCCAAACAUCUCAACGAAUUUGAAGCGUCCAUCGAAUGUUGGUCUUGCAACGAAUGCCAAUGUUUUAUCGUGCGCCUGUCUUGGUGGCUCGUCGAAUUACUACACGCUUGUGCAAGGGGGACAAUUUUUCAAGAAUACAUUUCGUCUCAGUGAACAAUUCUCAUUUGGACGUUCGUUGUUUCGUCCCGACGUUCACGUUUUGUAUUCACAUGCAAUCUUCGAACAAAAGUAUAAUUGGAAUACUUACGAGCGUUUCCAUAAGUUUCCCGAUGAAUUAGAAGAUGAAGAAAUUUUCUAUCCAUUCGAUUUUUGUGCACAACAAACACAACCCGAUGAAACCCAAUCGCCGGCGAUCAACGAAAAUCAUCUGCGACAUAGUGUUCCCACUGAUUUGUAUUCGCUAUCACGAACGAGUUCAGUUAAAAAUAUCAAACCGAAAUCAGUCAUCGAGCGAAACCAACACAAACGUUCGUCGUCAUCCAUUCCGUUAAAUAACAUCAAUCCAGCUUCCUCACCUUCGCCAACAACACCCAUCAGUGAUGAUUAUUUAACACCAAAUGAUCGAUUAUCUCCCACAAGUUCCAGUCGUACGAGUCUGAAUUCGGCCGUUCAUCAUCGAAACAAUAUCAUGGAAACCUCGUCCAUAUCAUCGUUAACGAUGAUGCAACAACAGUGCUCAGCUGUCUCGUCACCAAUACAGUCGAAUACGAAUCUGUUCUCCAGAUCAGUUGACAAUGGACGAGAUUCACUCACGAAUUCAUCACGUUCAUCAUCAUUUGAUUCGUUAGUAGCUCUAGAAGAAAUACUACAGAGACAACAGAUGAGGAAUAGUUCGAUGUUCAUUCAUCACAAAGGUGUUUCAUCAACAACAGAACAUAACAAAAUCCAACAACCAUCAUUACCCAGUUCGUCAUGGAUUAGUCUACGCAACCAAAUGAAGAUGUCCAUUCCAAAAUCCACUCUUCUGUCCACAACGUAUAUCCGCUAUUUAUCACAUUAUCGUUCUUCAACAUGGUCCAAUACUGCAACAUUUCCACCCAAUAUUCAACGUGAACAAGUUGAUCCACGUCCAUUACUUGAUUUCGAUUGUGUAUCUCAAGGCUUCUCGUGUUCUUUCCUAUCUGAGACUUCUUCGUCUCAAUCAUUCACCACUCCGCCAUCUCGACAAUCACAGCAGCAGCAGCAGCAGCAACAACAACAACAACAACAAAAUCAGUCACAGUCACUAUCAGCAACAACAGUAAACACUCGACCGCGUCCAUCAGUUGCGCAAUCGAUGUCCCCGAUUAACUCUUCGAAUAACAUUGCAACCGAAAAAGAAAUAUGCCUUCGGUUUAUUGGAGCGUUCAAUAUUCUUUUGACACCACUAAUGUUGGAAUGUUUAACCGUCUACAUCGAAAAAUGGAAAACAUUUGAUUUGCAUCCGAUUUCCAUUCUUGAUGGUCUCCACGUUCGAGCCCAAACACAAUCGAAUCCGUCUGUCACAUCGAUUGACCUAUCAGCAACUAAAAUUUCUCUUCAACUACCCAAGAUCAAUGUUUGCUUACUACAAGCUGGUCUUGCAGAAGACAAUGUUCAAUUAACUGAAUUACGUACACCUAUAGAUAUUGUGACGAUGUCUCUCUUUGCGCUAUCAUGUAAACAAAUUCAGAUGGAAACGAUUCUCUCGAAGCGCGAUCAGUCCACAGCUGGCGUUUUCAAGAUUCAAUCGAUUACGGGACAGUUUCGUCGAUUCGAAAAUGAUUUUUCCUCCAUCGAAAAUGUCAAUAUCCAUGCUAUACAAUCGCAACGUUGUCGUUUACAAUUCCGUUUAGGAAAUGACAUUCAAACACAUCUACCACUUGGCGUCAAUCGAAAGAAUGUGGGUUUUGUUAUGAAUGAAUUUGGCUUGCAAAGAUUAUGUUUUAAAUUAAUUAAUAAUGCAGCGAAACAGCAGCAACAGAGAAAGUUUAUCUCGCCAGUUAUGACUCAAGUGGAUGAAACACAUACAUCGAGAUCGUCGGCAAAACAUAAAUCCAAACGAAAACAAUCGACAGACCCACUACUGUCGUCGGCAAUCAAUUCCCCGACAAACAUCACAUCGACAGUGACUUCUUCCAGCGCUUCAUCGAGUAGUGUAUUUGAUGGUUCGAUCGAUCAUGUCUGGAUCUCAUUUCCAGAACCACCACAUCAUACGCAUUCAACAUCGAAUUCUUCGAGACGUCCGCGGACGAGUACGACUAGCGCCAAGCAAGCGCCGGCACCAAAGAAACUGUUUUCGUACACGCGAUACGAUUGGAAUUUCCUGUCGACGUUAUCUCCCACUGUUCUCGGCUGGUUUUGUGUCAUUAAUCGAAUACAAAAGCCGAUGGAAAAGUUUCUUCAUAGACGCGAAAAGCGACUCGACGCUGUCUUAGCGUAUUUUCUUGUCGAAACGAAACCUACAUUGACUCUAUCAAAAAGUAAAUUCUAUGAUUUGUUCACUCCGAAAACAAAAUACCUUCUUUCACAUCCGGUUUGUCAACUGGUUACUGAACUUCGCAAACAAUUCAAUCAUAGUACACAAAUGCAUAUCAAUCUUCAACCGAUUAUUGUGCCUGAAUUGCAAAUACUCAAACAAGGUAUACGCGGAGCUUGUCAUGAUUGGGCAAAAAUCAUUAAACAACAGCCACAUCAAAUCAUCGUUCAACCCAUCACAUUACCACCAUCAACUUCGCCAAUCAAUGUUAUUUUACCCACUUCUAGUAAUGAACAAGAACAACCACCAGCUGUCGUACGAGCGCCAACGAAAGUUGAUCGUGUCCAACGUUUUAUUGGACAUGAAUUUGUCAAAACACAUCCACGUCAACCAGCGACAGGCCCUAUAAAGCUACAGGACGGUCUCGAUCAUGGUACAACCAAUGGAUCUGCUAUUCGAAAGCGCACAAUAGUACAAAACACGCGAAAUAGUGCUAACAACAGAGAAACACUGAUUGACAUGAUUGGCGACAGUAAUGAUCCGGGUGUGGGCGAAACUCGACGUCCAUCUGGCUUCUUAGAGCCAGCUUCGGGUUAUGUAAAUGUAGCAUAUCAAGAAGGUGAUGCGAUGCGACGUUUCGAACCGACAGUGAACGUUAACAAUACAAAUGGUUACAAACGUUUAAGUAUUGGCCAUGAUGAGUCCGAUUUCGAAGGUAACUCUAGUGCCAUUCGCUCAGCGGACAAUGCUCAUGAUAAUGAAGCGGUGUAUUACACCGACAGUGCUCGAGAGUAUGCGGACUCAGUGGAACAGCUAUUUAAGAUUUUACUUGAAUAUGCUGGUGUUGAAUUAUCUGUUUCAUCGUCAAUCGAACCAUUGUUUGAAAAAUUAGGUCAGACAGUUCUAGCAUCAGCACAGAUCAAACGAUUUGACGUGAAAAUCCUCCCCAACGAACCAGCAAAUGAAACUCAAACAAAUGUAAAUCACCAGCCAUCAUCACCACCAACCACAGUUCAGUUUCGAGUGCCACAUAUUCGCCCAUCGAUAUUGAACACAUCCAACGAACUAUCGAUCCUUUCGGUAACAAAUUUAAGCAUUCAAAGUGUCUGUCGGCAAUCACUCGAAUACGACCGAUUACAUUCGGCGAACGUCCAAGCUGGUAUACGUGUACAGCGUGUUCAACAAGAAGUCAAUCUUUCGUUCAUUCGCUUGGUUUACCAGUUCUAUACAGUUGUCGGUAAUGCUGUUGAAUACACUGGCAUCGAUGAAAUAACGAGAACAGACGCGAAUACGAACGAACAACAGAAUGAUGCACUCGAUACUUCUGGUAUUAUGAAUCCUGAUAAUGGUGUUCAAAAUCUUGUUUUACGAACUCUCGAGCCGAGCAUUCUUCAACUAGAUUCUCAGUAUAAUGACACUGGACUCGAUCAUCCCGAAAGACAAUGUUGGAAAAAAUUACGAGAAUUGGUCGCGCAUAAUGCUACAUCAGCAGUACCUAAACCAACACAACCACCUGUAACUACCACGAGCCGGAAGCAACAACGUAGUGGUUCACAACCACCUAAUGAGAACAUACCACAACAGCAAAAUCAAACAAGAUUGAUCGGUGCUAAUGGAAGUGCUGAAACACUUUUACUUUCGUCAUUUGGUUGGUUAAUUAUUGAUGAAAUACAUUAUGCAGCUUCGUUGGGCGGAUUGAAAGUGGAUGGAUGCAUGGGAAAAGUUCAAGGAAGUAUUAGCAUAUCUCAAAGACUUCGAGCUUUACAAGCAACGGCCAAUAGUCAACAUACGAAGAAAUAUGAUGGUUCAUUGAUUGUCCAAAUUGGUUCGACAUCGCUCUCACUUAAAGAAACACUUUCUACGUCAGCAGACAAUCUUCCGCACUCGACUGUUCCAUUGACUCAUCCAUCUUCGUCGAAUAUUCCUUCUUCGAACCGAGAAAUCUCCGUUCUUGAUAUUAUCGUCGGUAAAUCACGUGCGCUAACAUCUCUUCAAACUCGUGGAGUUAAUCUGACGUUGAGUGGUGUAACAAACAUUGGCACAAUUGCGAUGGAUGUGCCAUUGCGACCUCAAGAAGUUCAUGAUCUUGUCAAUCGGGCCGGUCGGCUAAUCACAUCCUAUGUACAAGAAUUUCUUCCCGAUGAUACUCAACAGACGUCAUUAACCCCGUCGACCGUCAAUGUCGACACUGGAACGAUUAAUGCAAGUUUGAACGAUACCAUCGAAGAACCGAACAUGUCUGUUCCAUUAGAACGUACGAUAACAAAGAAACGUUUAGGCACGCGUCGUAAAGAUACCAAAACUCGAAAUGCUAAUGCACGUCCAUUGGAAACGCAGCAAAGUCUCUCAUCAGCGUCAUCAAAGCGGCCAGUUUUUGAAGCUCAUAUAACUGCUCAAUGUCAAGGCAUGACAUUCUCCACAACACUUCUCUCGACAUUAAAAGCCCAGUAUAAAAUCGGCAUUCUCGAAGGUGUGGCUAAUAUUGGUGCUACGAAAUCACGUUUUACUGCUAUCAUCCAUGAACAUGCUCUACAUUUUCUCAAUAAUAACAAUAACGAUCGUCAACAGCCGCCGACAGUUAGUUCCGACAAUCAUGUUCGUAUUGAUUUCCCUGAAAUUCGUUGUUAUGGAAACUAUGAUAUGCAACAAGAACUAGCAAAUAAAAGCAAAGGACAUUUGAAUCUUCGUACGAAAAUCGACUUACUUAAAUUAACGAUCACAGCCGACUUUCUUGCACAGCUGGUUUUCGUUUCAAAAGUGAUCAUACAUGAAAUCAACGAAAUUUUAGCGAAAGUUUCUGGUUUCGAUCAAUUUCGGUUUGGUUCAACUAAGCAUGGACGAUUAUCAUCGUCAUCGACAGUGCCGAUCAUGCGUGUUGGUUCGACUGAUAUUGAAGAUGAAGGUGACUACGAUGAGGAUGACGAAGAUGAUAACGAACUAGGAAAAGACCAGCAAGCAACACCGGCAACACCAUUUACAUACAAAAUCCAUAUAUCGAUGAGAGGUUUCGAAGUUAUGGGUCAGACACCGUCGAAUACAACAGUGAAAUUCGAGAAUGGGGCUGAUAAAGUGCCAAUACUUGUUAAACUAACAAAUUACGAUGAGCAAAAUCCACUUUACCUUUAUAACAAACCGCUAAUCAACGCUCUAUUGUACAUCAAGCUUAGUCUCGGACAACUCUUGCACACAGGUGGUUUUCAAGAUGCUGCGUAUUUCAAAACGAAACUAUUAUUAAGAAAUUCUUUCCAAUCGGACGAUCCAGAAAAAGAAGCAUACUUUAUUCGUUUAACAAAACCGAGUUUCUACUGGCAACCUGGUGCCAUCGAUAAAGGAAUCCUCUUUUGGUUAAAUUAUAAGAACACAUAUGAACACUGGAAUGAACAGCGUGGAGCAUUCACAACGACUACAAGUGACUCGGCGCGUAUACGUUCGAUUGUUAAUGUUCCGACAUCGCCAACAACAACUAAAGAACUCAAUCUGAUGUUUCAGUUACACAUUGUAGAUUUAGGUAUUGCCAUUCCACUGCAACAAUAUGAUCUUCCACCAAAAUUAACAACAACAGAUACUCUACUAACACAAGGAAUGACUACUCAACAAUCAGUACCGGCCCUAGACGAAAGCAGUGAUUUCCUUGUCUUUACUUUGGAUAAGACAACGAUCUCAGCGUGUUCGUGUGGUGCGAUUAUAAGUUCGGGUUCAUUCGAAGGUUUUUGCUUUCGUUUCGCUGAAAACUUUCAACAAACAAACAACAACUGGAAACCAGAACGCUCAUCCUCGUCAUGGAAUACUAUUCUCAACGCUUGUUGCGUUCCGAGCGGACAAUACUUGAUGCACUCACGUGCGAGACAUAUUUUGAAUUCUAACAGCCCUAAAUGGUUCCUCAAUGUUCAAUGGGAUAUGAAAGGUAUCGAUAUAAAUCUAGAUUCAACUGUCGGCAAACGUUUUUCUCAACUAAUACGAACAAUAACUUCUACACAAUUAAUCGAACCAGCCGACCAUUCGAAUAGUGAGACGAAUUCAUCAUCGAACUUGAAUUUGUUGAACACGCAGGCGGGUAGUACGAAAAAUAUUCAAGAAAAUCUUGAUGAAAACGAAGAUGAUGAAAGAAAUAAACGACUGGAAUAUGAACAUUUGAUAUUGGGACAACGAAUUGAAACAUUAAAACGAUCUAAUACACCGUAUGAAAUUUUAAAACCGGAACUGGUCAGAUAUGAAUGGUUGGAAAAGGAAUUGCUUCACACAGUCAAAUCAGAAAUCCAACAAAUUAUGAAGAAACAAUCAAAUAAGCCACUACCACAACAACAGCAAGUUUUUACUAUGCAACAGCAAAAUGAAUUAUUUCGACGAUCAAAUAUAGCCACGACUGGACAUAAUCGCGAUCGAAAUCGUAUUGAUUCACCAAGCCAUCGACGAACCCAAUCCCAUGAUGUUAAUACCAACACACAUCAUCUACAUAUACGACGUUAUCCACUGAGACAGAUAGCCACAUGUGCCUCGGCAUUAAGUUUUCACCGUCGAAACGCAUCGGAUGUCACAGCAUAUUCAUCAUCAAUACGCGAAGAUGAAAUAGAGACCGAUACACCGCGAGCAUCAAGUGCUAACAUUCGUUUUCCGACUCAAGAUUCAACUCAAUUCGAUGAUCAUCAUUCCAUCCCGACCAGCACUCCCAAUGAAAUCACAUCAGCGCCAGCUGUUGAUUUAGAAUUGAAUGUACAAAUUCAGAUCGCUAGUGGUUCAUGUAAUCUAUAUACCCGUCGUGAUUUAAUAUCUCAUUCACCAUUCACAACAACCAAUCCAACAAAACAACAGCAAUCACAAGCGAAUAUCGGUGCUAGUGUAUAUAUCAACAAAACUGAAUAUCAAGUGUCCCAAUUUUUCUUGCCGGGUGUCGACGUCGAUGCACAUUACAAUUCGAAACACAACAAUACAACGAAUAGUGCUUUGAAUAAACGUGGCAGUUUCUACUGUCGAGCUAUGAUACAAUCGCCAACAACACAAAUAACCAUACAUCCGUUGCUAUUGGAUUUUCUUGAACAAGCACUUGAACAUAUUACUUUACCACAAGACCAAGAACGACAAACAAAUUUACAGCAAGAACAAAUGCAAAAUAUCAAUGAAGACAAUCCCGAGAAUGAUCACUUGAAAACAAUGUUCUUAAUCGAAGAUCAGUCAUCCACGGCAUCAUUUCCUAUCGAUGUCGUUGUUAGCCUUUUCAUUCAGCCAUCCGUUCUUCUAUUCACAUGUUUACCAACUCAUCCCAUGGAAUGUGAACUUCGUUUACCUACAGUCGACGUUGUCUUCUCUUCGAAACGUGCUUCAUUAGACAACGUCCCAUCGUCGGUUAUCGACAGUGAUACUGAACAAAUUAUCGAAAAUUCUCUUGGUGGUCUAAGUUUUUCUCUGUAUAUGAAAGAUUUCAAACUGAAUGUAUACCAUCCAUUUUCUGGCGAGUCGAAAGUACAUCUAUUCGAAGAUAUUCGAUCAGGACAAUUACGAACGCGCAAUGCACUAGCGGUUAGUGUUCAGUCUGUAUCAUUCAAUAUUUCUCGUACACGGUACACUCUUAUUGAACGCGACGGUGAGGUUUUGAACAAUAUACAAUUGUCCAUUAUUGGUCAGAUCUCGAAGGCACAAUUCGAAUAUGAUAUAAAACGUUUUUCUGAAAUAUUAACAUUUCCGAAAAUUUGGUACAAUCGCUCAUUGGCACGUCGAUUGUUCUUAGGCGAUGAAACAUUACCGACAACGAUCCCAACAGCAUCGCCAGCACCACCGCAUUCAACGUCAUCGACUGUGACAAAAUCAGCGGCUCCAAACGUGGCUAAAGCAGCCGCAAGUAAACAGUUACGUAAAGAAGCUCGCGUGUUACUAGCAAUACAAUUGAAAGAAUUGCAAAUUUCGAUGAGAAUGUCUAAUGUCAUGGGUAAAGUCGAAUGGAAUACAACAGAUGUUUCAUCAACGGGUAGUUUAACAUUAACGAACGAUGGUCAACGUACCUUCUUCUUUUCAAUUGGCCUACAGAAAUCGGUUUUCCAAGCCGACGAGGGUAUCGUCGGAGGUAUUAUUCGGUUGAAAAAUCUUCGAACGACAGGCCUCAUUCGGCACGGUCUACAAAAUCAUGCAUUUCUCAAUGAAUCCUCUCAUGUCUUCGAUGUUCUUACCGACGCUAUUGAAAUUCGUCUCGAUUAUAUGAGUUUUCCAACCUUGAUGGGUCGUAUAUGUCAUAUACUACUUCGCUUAAAAGAUGAUCAUCAUGGCACACCAGGUAGCCAUUCUAUGCCUCCUUCGACCCUAGUGCUUGUUAAUCUCGAAUGGUCACAAUUACAUCUAAUGAUAACACGCUCAACGACCCCGGAUAUAAUCAAAAUGGUUCUGAAAUUAUGGGAAUUCUUCAAUGCACAUUUACUCAACUCGAAAAGUCUACUAGCGUCGAUUCAUUACGAUUUUCACGAUGGUGUACGACAAAAUCAUGUGGAAAAGAAACCGACGAGUGGCCAAUCGAAAUAUGACACAAAUAUUAUCAAACGAUAUAUUGGCAUGCACGGAGGAGAAUUGAUGUUGCAAGGACACAAUUUGACCCUAGUCGUUUUUCAUGGUUCAAAUUUUAAAGCGCGUCAGUGGGCGUUAUUUUCUCUGAACGAGCCACAAAUCAAUUUUGUCACAGAUCAUGGAGAAACAGGCGAUGUCAAUCAGAAAUUAUUCUUCUAUCUUGGUCAUCAAGGACAAACAAUGCCCAGAUCUCGGACAAAUAUGGCGUCAAUAUCAAAAGUGACGAGAAACAGUAAUGAAGCACCUUCGAAUCUAACCAUUAAUGAAUGGUUUAAUUAUGCGAGUUCGACCAUAUCUGCUGUUGGUACGUAUGAGGAAUUAGCGAAAGGAAUGUUUCUAAAUGCAUUUUUGCCAGGUUUACGUGAUUUUCCAAGUAUGGACGAUGUACCGAAUCCUGUAUUACUGACUAAAGCUCGUUCGAAACAGUACGAACAGAGUGCUGAAUCGAUCUUUAUUCUACCUGGCCUUGAACUACGAUUUCAAACACGGCAAUUAUCCGGACAAGUUCAUUGUAGUUUCGAAACCGAAUUCUACGAGCAUAUCAUGUUUUCAUUCAAUGCUGAGCAUUUCUACUUCCUACAUGAUCUCAUUUCAUCCUACAUCAAAGAAAAAGAAAAAGCGACUUCGAAUGAUAAACCAAGACAACGAUCGCCACCAUCGGCAACAACCCAUCCUAUUGAUAAUGCCGCAUUGGCGUCACUUGACGAAGUACGAAGUGAUGAUUUGCGUCAUUUCCAUUGCCCGGAUGCGAAAUGGAAACUACAACCUACCAUCAAACUCCUUACUGCGUAUGGAAACGAAGUCGAACCAUUCGGUGCUGAUUACAUUCUGCAGAAACUAGGCUUUCGUCAUGCACGUUUAACAAUACCAAAAUGGCUUCAACGUGGUAUUAUGGAUCCAUGCGAACAAUCCAUGACAGUCGUACAGUUAUUUCUUAUCUUUCUUUUACCAGAGCGCUUCAAAGAAAUGUGCAUGCGGCAAUGA